ACUCUCCUCUCUCCUCCGGCUCGAGCCAAUCAGCUGACGAGUGGCACCUCCCUCCUCUCCCGGAUGGAGCGCGCCGCUGACACCGGCCAGCCCGAGCGCUGACGACAGGAGCAGGUUGUUGCCCGCCGCUCGCUCGCUCGCUCGCCCUGGAUGUCGCACCGACCGAGCCUCGAGUAGAAAAAUCGCCGCCCCCAUCCCAAUAUAAAGGUUGCUCUAUAUUUAAUUCGCCGCCUCGGGCAGGGAAGCCGCCCCCCCCCCCCCCUUUUUUACCAUGGCUUCCAACUUCAACGACAUAGUCAAACAGGGAUACGUGAGGAUACGGAGCAAGAAGCUGGGGAUCUUCCGGAGGUGUUGGCUGGUGUUCAAGAAAGCCUCCAGCAAAGGACCCCGCCGGUUAGAGAAGUACCCAGACGAGAAGGCAGCCUACUUCAGGAGCUUCCACAAGAUCACCGAGCUCCAUAGCAUUAGGAACAUUACCCGGAUGCCGCGGGAGACAAAAAAGCAUGCUGUGGCCAUUAUCUUCUUCGAUGACACAUCCAAGACAUUUGCCUGCGAAUCAGAGCUGGACGCCGAGGAAUGGUGCAAGCUGCUGUGCGUGGAGUGCCUGGGCAGCCGUCUCAACGACAUCAGCCUGGGAGAGCCGGACCUGUUAGCAGCGGGGGUGCAGCGGGAGCAGAACGAGCGUUUCAAUGUGUACCUCAUGCCCACCCCGAACCUGGACAUCUAUGGGGAGUGCACCAUGCAGAUCACCCACGAGAACAUCUACCUGUGGGACAUUCACAACGCUCGCCUCAAACUCGUCAUGUGGCCCCUCAGCUCCCUGCGCAGAUACGGCCGAGACUCCACCUGGUUUACCUUCGAGUCCGGAAGGAUGUGUGACACAGGCGAGGGUUUGUUCACGUUCCAGACGCGGGAGGGGGAGAUGAUCUACCAGCGGGUCCACUCGGCCACGCUGGCCAUUGCCCAGCAGCAUGAGAGGAUGAUGGAGGAGAUGGAGAAGAGCUCCCAGAUCCACUCCAGAGAGACGCUGACCAAGUCCAUCUCCCUGCCACGCAGCGCCUACUGGCAGCACAUCACGCGUCAGACCAGCGUGGGAGACCUCUACAGUUACCAAGGCACCGGCCUGACAAUGACUUUUAUCCCCCGAGCACAGACGUUUCCCAGCUUUCUGUCUGAUGAGCCGGAGCGGGAGCAGGAGGAGAGCCAGCAACGGAAAGAGGCGCCGUCGCCCUCUAGUGGCUGCGAACCCACCUGCAGCCGGAGACCCCUUCAAUGACAGAGAGCUGCUCGGGAAAAAAAACUAAACCGGACACUUUGCCCAUUGCUGUAGAGCGAGUAUGUAGAAAUAUGUAUAGUGACGCGUGUAAUAUAUCAUUCCCCGGCGAUACUUCAACAAAAGUGUCAACUGUAGAAGCAAGUGGUACAUGAGGAGAUGUCCUUUAAAAGAAAAAAAAAAGAAAGGACAGAUGUUUUUAUUGUCUCUGUAGCUUCAAAGAUUGCACCAAAAAUCCUUUUUUAGUGUAGCUUCAAAGCGUUUUAUGUUGUCAUUAUGCUGUUAAAGCCAGCAUGACCCCCUUAUUCUUUUUUUAUUUUAAAUCACUGCACUACAUCUUACAAGAAGAGAAAGGUAUACAAACUCACCAAGGUCUGCUCCAAAACAUUUUUUUUAAAAGAAAGGCUUUUGAUCUGAAAUUGACAAAAAUCCCAUCAGGUUCAUAUUCCAACAAUCUGCAGCUUAGCAAGCAUCCUAAGAAAGAAAGACAUUGACAUCUCUUCCAGUCUUAUUGUACUCUGCUUUCUCUCAACCAUGUGAAAUUGACACACACACACACACACACACACACACACACACACACACACACACACACACACACACACACACACAAACUGUUCCACUUUGAUAGCAGUGAUGAAUCAGCUUAAGAGCUUAAUCGGUUACAACCAGCAAAAAGGAAAAAAAGGUCAUUGAGAAAUGUGCAUCAAGGACGCAGCGAGCGGACGGCCAUGUCACAGAUGAUAGAGUGCAACCUUCCCACAGUUCGCCUCGUGGUUAAACUGCCAACCUUACAGUACAUUACAGUGCACAUUUAGAUUUUUAAUAGCGUCUUCGAAACUCCUCUCCGGCCUCAUGUACUGCACAGUAUCUAUGAGAACAUAGGUCCGUCAGCCAGAGCAGAGAGGUGAGAUGCUGGUGACCUGAUGGGGGUACGUCAUUGUUCAUACAUGAUUAAAUCUACAUAUUUCACUGACAAAUGCAGACGCAGAUUGAUGCCACUCUCUUCUCAGUGUGCUGGACGUGAAGCUAUACCCAGGAGAACCUGAGAAACGACAAUUAUUAUUUUUUUUUUUUUUACAGUUUUCCUUUUUGUAAUAGAUUAAACAAAUGAUACGUUUUCAUAUGCUGCUGGCUGUAGCGUCACAGUAAGCACCGAGAGAGGUAUUGAUCUUCUAAUGUCACUCUUGUCAAAACAACAAACUAAAAAACUGUGCAUCUCCCCAAACAGUCAUAUCUGCUCCUUUCAAAAACGAAUAAGCGUGUGUGAUGAUUAAAAACAGCGCUCAUGUUCUCCUCCACUAUAAGAAGUGCCUUCCGAUGCAGACCACAGUGUUAAAAAGAAACUCGAGCAGCGUGGACAGUCACACCUGAAACUAUAAAAGACUAAAGCAGACAUCUUUUCUUUCUUUUUUUCUUCCAUAAAGUGUGAGUGUGACACCUCCUUGUUCUGCCAGCAGACAGCGAUUCAUCUCCCCAUAUAUUUGUGUGAAGGCUUUUUUUGUGUGGCUUCUCAAAGAAAGGUGUGAAUCUUAAAAGAAAUGAAGGCAACAACACUGAAACUAAAAAAAAAGAAAAGAAAUAGAGCGGAUCCUAGAUUGCUGGAUGUAAAUCUACAUGCACUUAUUUUGUGUUCAAGUUGAGUUUUGUCACUUUAUAUUUGUUAUUUAAAAUAACAACUGUCAUAGGAAUUUGAGCCUAAAACAUGUGCCAGUCUUUACAAACCCCCCCCCCCCCAAAAAAAAAGGAGUCAGACGUCCCAGAGCCUGUAAUGGGAGUAUGUAGAAAGACAGUUGACAUAUCUGUCCACAUUUCUGCUCUGCUCGUCUUGAGUCUUACUGUAGCUCAAGUGUGGUUAAUAAGUGUAUGUGUAGACGUUCCACUACAUCCUGCGCCGACUGACGUGACUGGGGGAAAAGUUGGUCAAUUUGAAUAGUCUGCACUGAAUAUCGUCGCAGCCACUCACUCGUUUGUAGGUAUGACGUGUCAUCAUAUUUUCUGUUACUGUUGAAAUGCGAUUGUGUUCGUGUCCACCCAUGUGUUCCGUUACUGUCCGAUUGUAUGUGAAAAGCACUUUGAAUAUUGAGUGUAGGCCUACAGUUUUCACUAAAUGUACAUACGUUGUGUUUUUGAUGAUAAGAAAAUGUAAUAAAUUGAAUGUUCUAUCAUGUGU